AGACGGCCCAGGUGGAACCUUGUUGUGGAGUUGCGCCAGCUGCCGUUUCCGCGAGCAUUGAUCCCUCCUGACCGCCUCACACACCGGAACCACAAGUACAACCACCCUCACCGCAACAACCCCCCUUCUGGUCGCACAAAAACCCAGUCGUCCCGCCCGUUGUGCAUACUGCAGGAACAACCUGCCCCUAGUACGUCAGGAUGGCCGUAG